GUCGUGACUGCAUCACCAGCAAGAUGGAUUUCGUUCCCCGUUUAGUGGGAGUUGGUUUUGUGUUGCUAUUUGCUGUCACCAUCGAUACGUCGGCAGAUUCGAUUUACGACAAAGAGCUUGAGAGCGUGAAGCUGUACUUCUACUCACCAUCGUUUAAACAUGAGCAAGAGGUGGAAUCGUUCGAGCCGUCACCAGAAAUCGACCUAAGCAGACAGUUGAAGGUGUUAAUCCAUGGGUGGAAUGCGGAUCGAAACCACAUUUCGAUUGCUCCCAUCCGCACGGCAUAUUUGGUGCAGGAUGCACACAACUUACUAGUAGCUGAUUGGUCCGAUAUUGCCUAUCGGCUCUAUCCGACGGCUCGUGAUCUAGUACUUCCGAUUUCAAAACGUAUCGGCAGUAGUUUAUCACGAUUCGUGCAACGGAUGGGCAUCCAACACGGUCAGGUUCAUGUUAUCGGCCAUAGUCUCGGUGCACAUAUUGCCGGGAAUGUGGGACGAUACUUUGAUGGAAAGCUAGCGCGAGUGACGGCUCUUGAUCCAGCAGGACCGCUGUAUAAGUUUGAAUCGAAAGAUGCUGUCGGUCCCGAUACUGCUCAGUUCGUUGACGUGAUCCACACGGACGGGCUUACGCUGGGUGAGGACGUAGUACGAGGACACGCCGACUUUUUCCCAAACAGUGGUUUGCCACCCCAACCCGGUUGUGAAACGCUCGAUAUCCUCACACUACAUGGCUGCAGCCACUUUCGUUCAACCGGAUUCUUCGCGGAAUCGAUUCAACUCCCGAACAACUUUAUUGCCUGUGCCUGCAGCCGGGAAGAAAUUUUGAGAAUGGAUGAGAUCUGCCUACCGGAUGUUCGUGAUGCAUCGUUGCGUGAGUGUGUUCCAAUGGGGGAAGCAUUACAGCCCAGUGCUCGAGGAACGUUUUUCGUCCGUACAUCGCGUGUGCCUCCGUAUGGGCUUGGCUAUCACGCGAACAGUGGGACCAGAAUCUAAGAUGUACAGCUUCUGGCCCUUGCCUGCUGAACAGUUCGUGUAGUUGAUUUUGUGAGGCAGCAUGCAACCAGACCUUUUCUCAUCGCUUGCGUGCGAAACGUGCCUUUCAAUACGCUUUGGUAAGGUGCCUAAUCACGUCAACCAUACUCGUUUACCCAACGCAGGUUUAAAGAACAACGAAUCGCACAGCCGAGUGCCCAGUGACACGCACAGCAGCGAAACGAUCAUCGUCUUCAUGGUACAAUAUCGCUAGAUGAACUGACUGAUCGAUAUGGUUCAGAACAACGUGGCAUUAAUUAUUCUAAACGAAGAUAAAUAGAAUUUUCAUUCCAACUGUAUUUUUGAGUGGAAAAAACGAUUCUUAAUGUAAUGGUAAAUAAUUGGAAUGUACUUAAAACAACGUCAUGCAUAAAUAAAUCAAUAUGUACUGCAAUGCACUGUAAUGAAACCAGAAAGCGAACUGAAACUUACUUUGUUACUUACUUAUCAGACGCUUAAAUCGGUUCGCAGUC